AAUCCCUCUCUCGAUAUGUCACUAUUUUAUUUUCUCUCUCUACAUGCCGCUACUUCUCUCUCUCAAUCUCGAUCGUGAAAAUCCUCCCCCUCUUCGACUCUCUCUCUCUCUCUCUCUCUCUCUCUCUCUCUUCGUUUGCUCGCUGUCACUCUCACUCCCUUGGAUCUGAAAUCGGAGGCUCCAAGCUCGGAUUAGAUCGACGAUUUCCGCCCCCCUUAUCAAAUCCCAGUCGAAUUAGGGUUUCUUCGCCGGUACGAUGAGGGAGAGCGGCGUCUCGAGGCGAUCUAGGGUUUUGCGCCGCCGGAAUUGGUGAAUUAGGGUUUUUUCGGAUUGAUGUUUCUCGUCGGAGCUGAAAUCGGGGAAGAUGCAAGGGUAUUAUGCAUGGGCGGGGAGGUGAAAACGGGAAACGGUGUCGUUUCAUGUGGUCUGUCCCCACCCGUGGCACGCCGGUGACGAGGGUUACAGCUGAUUCGUUUUGCAAGGACGGACGCAAGAUUAGCGUUGGUGACUGUGCUCUUUUUAAACCACCCCAGGAUUCCCCACCUUUCAUUGGAAUUAUCCGCUGGUUGGCAUUGAAGAAAGAAAACAAUCUACAUUUAGGUGUUAAUUGGCUUUAUCGGCCUGCUGAAGUUAAACUUUGUCGGGGCAUCCUGCUUGACGCCCCACCAAACGAAGUCUUCUAUUCGUUUCAUAAGGAUGAGAUUCCUGCUGCAUCAGUGCUCCAUCCGUGUAAAGUAGCAUUCCUCCCAAAAGGUGUUGAAAUUCCUGUAGGCGUAUCCUCAUUUGUCUGCCGUCGAGUUUAUGACAUUGCAAACAAGUGUUUAUGGUGGUUGACCGAUCAAGAUUUCAUUGAUGACCGACAGGAAGAAGUAGAUAAGCUGCUCCAUAAAACACGAAUAGAGAUGCAUCCGACAGUGCAGCCUGGUGGCCGUUCUCCAAAACCAAUACAUGGUCCGACAUCAACAUCGCAGUUAAAAUCUGGUUCCGAUAAUAUGCAGAAUGCCAAUCCCUUCUCUUCUCAAGCGAAGGGGAAAAAACGGGAGCGGUCAGAUCAGGGCACCUUGCCUGUGAAACGAGAACGUUCCUCAAUGACCGAAGAUGGUGACUCUACUCAGUUUAAACCAGAAAAUAUUUUGAAAUCUGAGAUUUCAAAGAUUACAGAGGGUGGUGGUGGGCUUGUAGAUCCGGAAGGGGCUGAGAAACUGGUUCAACUCAUGCAGCCUGAUAGAGCUGAAAGAAAAAUGGAAUUGAUUAGCCGGUCAAUGCUUGCAAGUGUAAUAGCAUCUACAGAGAAGUUUGACUGCCUUAAUCGGUUUGUGCAGCUCAAAGGUUUGUCUGUGUUAGACGAAUGGCUUCAAGACGCUCAUAAAGGGAAGAUUGGUGAUGGUAGCCCAAAGGAUGGUGAUAAAUCUGUUGAGGAAUUUCUCUUGGUUUUGCUUCGUGGUCUCGAUAGGCUGCCUGUGAAUCUUCAUGCCCUGCAGACGUGCAACAUUGGCAAAUCGGUGAAUCAUUUACGUUCGCACAAGAACUUGGAAAUCCAGAGGAAAGCGAGAGGUUUAGUUGACACAUGGAAGAAACGUGUUGAAGCUGAAAUGAAUGUUAUUGAUACAAAGCCAGGGUCCGCUCAUGCUGUUUCAUGGCCUUCCAGAUCACGUCUUCCUGAAGUUUCUCAUGACGGGAACCGAACUCCUGGAGGGUCCACUGACGUUGUUGUGAGGAGCUCAGUUACACAGCUUUCUGCUUCUAAAACUGCUUCAGUUAAGCCUGCAGAGAGUGAAUUCACUGCCAAAUCCAAUUCCUCAUCUCCAGGAACAACUAAAUCAGCAGUUUCACCUGCUUCAGGGAAAGAGAGUCAUCCCAGAGUAGUAGUUGGGGGCACCACCUCUGACGUUCCUUCAGCUACUGCAAGGGAGGACAGGAGCAGCAGUUCAAGUCAGUCUCACAACAAUAGUCCAUGCCUUGGAAAAGAAGAUCCAAAGAGUUCUACUGCAGGGUCAAUGACUGUGAACAAGGUGUCUGGUGGUUCUUCUCGACAGCGGAGAUCAGUCAAUGGAUUCUCUGGGCCUGCUGUUUCUGGGGGUCAAAGGGAUUCUGGAUCAACCAGAAAUUCGUCAGUGCACAGGAAUUCAGGUUCUGAAAAGGCACUUGAUGUACCCAAUGCGGAGGGAAAUGGUCACAAGUUGAUUGUUAAGAUACCAAACAGAGGCCGCAGCCCUGGACAAGGUGCAGGUGGUGGAUCUGUUGACCACGCUUCCAACAUGAACAGUAGAGAUUCUUCUCCUAUGCUUUCAGAGAAGCACGAUCAAUCUGAUCGGAGUUCCAGAGAAAAGAUGGAUGCUGAUCGCGCUAAUGCUACCUAUGAUGUGAAUGCAGAGUCAUGGCAAAGUAAUGAUGUGAAAGAUUUGUUGACUGGAUCUGAUGAAGGUGAUGGGUCACCUGCAGCUAUUCUUGAAGAAGAGCGCCGGAAUAUUGGUGAAGAAGCUGUCAAAUCAAAGUUCGAUUUCGAUUCCCUUUUGAAAUUAGCUGAAGUCUCGAGAGCUGCCUCAUCAUCAUCAGGGUAUGAGCUGAAGUCGGGAAAAUCGCAUGGGGCUUCUUUCAGCUCUGUUAAUGCUUUAGUCGAAAGAUGUGUCAAGUAUUCUGAAGCGAAUGCGUCUGUGUCAGUUGGAGAUGACGUCAGAAUGAAUCUGCUAGCCAGUGUUGCAGCUGGAGAAAUGUGCAGGUCUGAUUUGAUUUCACAAACUGAUUCUCCAUGCAGAAAUACGCCUAUGGUAGAGGAAUCCUCCAUGGGGGAUGAUGCCAAAUCACAAAUAUCUCAUGGAAUUAAUGCUGAUCAAGAGCAAAGUCAGUCUGCUGAUGGUGCUCAACAUCUAUCUAAGCAGACCUCUGGCAGCAUCUCUAGAGAUGGGAAAACUAGUUCUUCCAUACGUGAACUUGCACCAACAGGAGAGAGCAAUGAACAUCAUUCCUCCAAUGAUUUGCAAACUGCUGCAGAACCACAUCUGGAGAUGAAUGAAAGAUCGAAUGAACUUAGGGGUGCUGCUUCUAUAGCUGUUUCCCUUGCCGGUGCAGGAGAGAUGGUAUUUGCUGGUGAAGAAAGAAAACAACUUCGCGAUGAAGCAAGCGUUGAUGACAUUCAAGAUACCAAGGCAAAAGGAAGCUGUUAUUUGUCAAGUGAUGAUAAGGUCAGUGAUGUACCACCUUGUGUCGAAGUUGAGAAGAAAGCUGUUGAAGGUUUAUCAUCAAAUGCAUCGUCAGAUAUGGGUACUGAGAACAAAAACAAUGAGAAGCUUAAUGGUGGUGACCAUACAGAGCAGAUACCAUCUCCUGGAAAGGUGCAUUCUGAGCAUUUAGAAAGAAGUGAUGAGGACCGGCUGCAGGAUUCUUUUUCGAGUAAAGGUCUUCCUUCAGAAAAUGUUGACGAACUCAAUGGUGGAAAAGCUGAUGAAGUGGACCCAAGAAGUCAUGUUAGACAGGCUGGGAAGCAGAAAUCUGAUUAUGGUACCAACAGUGCUCUAUCUAAUGACAAUAAAUUUUUAUCUUAUCUGGGUUCAGCUGUAAGUGAUCAGAAGAGUGAGGGCACGGAAGCAAAUGUUGAAAAUAAAGCUGUUCUUGAGCACUGCUCUGGUGGAGCAGCUCCUCACAAGGGGUCACCUGCAUUACCUACCAUGGAACUGGAAAAGCAUAUGAUGUCAAGGGGAUCCAAGAUGUCUGGUGUUGGGGCAGAUGAAACAGAGGAAAGUGCAUCUACUGCGGGAGAUUCUUCUUCUUUCACUGCUGCUGAGGCAUCAAAUACGGGUACAAUGCUGAAGUUUGAUUUAAAUGAAGGAUUCGUUGCAGAUGAAGGAAAAUGUGGGGAGCCCAUCAACCUGGGCGGCCCUGGAUCUUCAGCUUCUGUUCAUUUGAACAUGUUCCCUUUUCCUGUUCCUUCAGUAUCUAGCAGCCUUCCUGCUUCCAUUACAGUCGCUGCUGCUGCAAAAGGGCCCUUUGUUCCACGUGAGGAACUAUUGAGAAGUAAAGGGGAAGUUGGAUGGAAGGGAUCUGCUGCCACAAGUGCAUUUCGGCCUGCCGAACCCAGGAAAGCUCUGGAGAUGCCACUGGGUACAAUUAAAACCCCUCCUGCUGAUACUACUGCUGGAAGACAUGGUCGCCCAGUGUUGGAUAUUGAUCUGAAUGUUCCAGAUGAAAGAAUUCUUGAGGACAUGACUUUUCGAAACUCUGAUCAGGAAACGGCUUCUACGUCUGACCAAGGAAAUAAUCGCGACUUGUUACAAAAUCGUGCAAUGGGUGCUGCACCUGUUCGCAGUUCUGGAGGCCUGGUUCUUGAUUUGAACCUUGUUGAUGAGGCUAGUGAUAUGGGUCACUACUCAGCAAGAGGCAUUCGUACGGUGGAAGCCCCUCUUUUGCCACUUAAGCCGUCAUCGACAGGUGGAUUUCCCAAAAGUGAGGUGAGGAGGGACUUUGAUCUAAACAAUGGGCCUUCUGUGGAUGAUGCAAGUGUUGAACCAAUUUUAUUUAGCCAGCACGGAAGAAACAUUAUGCAAUCCCAGCCUCCUGUUGCUGGCCUUAGAAUGAACAAUGCAGAAAUGGGAACUUUCUCGCCAUGGUAUCCAAGUGGGAACACUUACCCUGGUUUCAGAUUUCCAUCUACCUUGUCUGAUAGAGGGGAGCAUCCCUUUCCAAUUGUUGCAACUGGUGGUCCGCCACGGAUGUUGGGACCUCCUACUGGUGGGACCCCAUUUACUUCUGAUGUUUAUCGGGGUGCCUCCGUGCUGUCAUCUUCUCCAGCAGUGUCCUUCCCGUAUCCUGUCUUCCCUUUUGGGAAUAGUUUCCCUCUUCCCUCCGCCACUUUCUCAGGUGGAUCUACAACCUACAUGGAUUCGUCAUCUAGUGGUAGGCUUUCCUUCCCCACUGUCAAUUCACAGUCAUUGGGCCCCGUCUCUGCAGUUUCAUCCCAGUAUCCAAGGCCAUAUGUUGUUAGCCUUCCAGAUGGUAGCAGUGAUGUUGGUAUUGACAACAGUAGAAAAUGGAUGAGGCAGGGUCUAGACCUUAAUGCUGGACCUGGAAAUGUAGACGCGGAAGGUAGGGACGAAACAAUGGCUCUUGCAUCGAGGCAACUUUCUGUUGCCAGGUCGCAGGCCCUAGCAGAGGAGCAAGCAAGGAUGUACCAGCAGGUAGCGGGUGGUGUUCUCAAGAGGAAAGAGCCAGAGGGGUGGGAUACUGAGAAUGUUAGGUACAAGCAAUCCUCGUGGCAGUAAAGACGGCAUUAUCCCGAGUCUUCCGGCUUGUUUAAAGCUUUGAAGCCUGAUGUUUGAGGGUGUGCAAUGGCUACCUCCUGGAAUUUGUCUAACUGAUGUCCUCUAACAGGAUGGGUGGUAAGCGUCAUUCAUUACCUCUGUUCAUAGUCUCCGACCCCACGCCUUUUUCGCUGUACCAUUUGUGGUGUAAAAGCAUCUGUCAUGGUUUCUUCGAGCUCUUUGUUCCUUGGUAUCUUUUCUGGGCGGAUGCAGACCGUUUCCCCUUUGUAGAUAUGUUCUUAACUGUCGGACAGCAUGCACCCGGUGUCAGCCAAACACUUUUGAGUUCCAACACCAAAUCUUCUUGUAGCGGAGGUUGGAUUUCUUCACCAGAUCAGGCAAAUGCCCUUUUGUGCAUUGACAUUAGUAAUUAAAUCUUUCUGUGCCUUCGUUUUCUGUUCUUUUCCUUUUCCUUUUCCUUUCUCCAGUACAUAUGAUAUAUAAGCAGGUUGGAAGCUGAAUUUUGGUA